AUGUUCCGAUUCUUCGGGUCGAGGGGCGCGGAGUUCCUUGCGGAAAAUACUUCUGCAUUUCUGCACUCAACGACACUCCUCGUCCUACUAACCCAUACAAUACGGCGCGUGACCGGAGGUUCGCCAGCCGGGAGUACCCGGUCACCGGUGGCGCUCAUCAAGAAAUGUGCGAAUUUAGUCGAUGAGCGGCUCGCAAUCGGGCCUCUUCAGAAAAUGACUCCGAGCAACAAUAAGAAGAGAGCGGCUCCGAAUGGCGGCCGUGACACGGACGACAGGUGCCACGAUGCAAGUCGCAGGCCCCUGCGGAGGACCGGAGAAGUCCCCCAAUCGGCCGUCCUUCGAGAGAGGGAGAGAAUCCGCAAGGAAGGAAGUGUGAAGGGCCGGAGGAGGAAUAAUUUGGACAGAGGAUUCUAUUUUAAAGUUGGCGAUGGAGUGAGCGAGGGAGGGAGGUGGAGGCGAGGGGAUGGAUGGGAGGCCGAGCGAAGGAAGGGUCAGGGGCAGGGGCGGGGGCCUGGCUGGGCAGUUUGGCGAUUCCCCCAAGUCUAGGCCCCGAAUUCGGGAGAUUCUAGUGAUCGAGGCUGCAGAGUGGCAGCAUGUUCGCCUCGCGGGGCUGCACCGCACAGUGAGCCAGCGAGCGAGCGACUCGACUCGGUCGUGCUCGGGCCGACGGCCGACCGGCGAAGAAGAAGCUCGCCACCAUCCCUCGCUGCAUUGCUCGUCUCUCCUCUCCUCGGGCCUCAAUUGGCACCAGCUGCACUCGACUCCCGCGACGUCGCUCGGCCGGGCUGCGCUGCUCUGCUGCCUUCGACGAUCCGAUGCCGUGCGUAUGACUCGCUGCCCACACGCAAGAGGCAUGUGAGAGGUUCAGGGCUGUGGGAUUGAGUAUGAAGACAUCCAGUGACCAUCGAAGGACUCAACUUUGAAACAGCCGCCACCAUCACGAAGAUGUCGAACCGAAAUAGAACCAACAAUCAUGAAAGUGGUCGAUCUUCGAGUCGAAAAACCACUUUCACGUAUGAUGCGCCUUGGCCGAUUUACGCGCUGAAUUGGACUAUCAGGAGGGACAAGAGGUUUCGUCUCGGCAUUGGAAGUUACCUAGAAGAGAGCAGGAACAGAGUGGAUAUUAUACAAUUCGAUGAAAAGACAGACGAAUUCGUCGCAGAUCCGAAUCUUACGAUCGAGCACCCUUACCCUGUCACCAAGCUUAUGUUUGUGCCAGACAAGGAAGGGACAAAGCCGGACCUUCUGGCCACCACGGGGGAUCAUCUGCGCAUAUGGCAAAUUUAUGAGGACGAAGUGAGACUGAAGAGUCUUCUGAAGACCAAAGAGGACAGCGAGUUUUGUGCACCUCUCACAUCGUUUGAUUGGAAUGCCAGUGAGCCAAACCGACUAGGUACUGCAGGAGUGGAUGCCAUGGUUACUAUCUGGGAUGUGGAGAAGGAGGCGAUGGAGCUACAGAUGCUUGCUCACGACAAAGAGGUGUUUGACAUCGCGUGGGGAAGUGUUGGAGAGUUUGCUUCCGUCUCAGCAGACGGGUCUAUACGGCUCUUUGAUCUUCGUGAUAAGAAACACUCUACCAUUAUUUACGAGAGCCCGCAACCAGAUACUCCUCUCCUGAGGUUGGCUUGGAGCAAACACUCACCGAAUUACAUGGCCACUGUUGUCAUGGACUCCAACAAGAUCAUGGUGCUCGACACGCGAUACUCCACCAUCCCUGUUUUCGAUCUGCAGCGACAUCAGGCGAGUGUAAAUACCAUCGGCUGGGCGACACACAGCCCCAGUCUACUGUGCUCAGGAGGGGAUGAUUCCGAAGUGUUUUUGUGGGACCUGCAGACCAUGAGUGAACCUGUGGAUGGGGGCUUUGAUCCUAUCCUAGCUUAUUCUGCAGAUUCGGGGGUCAACAAUCUGCAAUGGUCCUCGAUGGCGGAAUGGGUGGCAAUAGUCUUCUCAUCUGAGCUGCAGCUUUUAAGAAUAUGACGUACCUCCAUGCUGAAGCUAUAAAUCGCGACAAGUUCAUGUCACGAAACAAUCUUUGCACAUUCAUGAGUGUUAAUAUUUUUUGACGCCGCCUUUAAUCCUCCGUAGAUGUAUAGAUAGUUGUUACGCACGAGGCUGUACAGUCAAGGAAAAGCUGGUCAAAUCGACGGAAAAGGUGUAUCUCAAGACUUUCUGCAGCGCAGGAGUCACGAUCUAGAUAUCAACUGUAUUCAGACAGUUGUGGACAAAUUGUGUAGAGAUUUGGAGAGUGCUUCUUGCAAGAGUCUCCUACAAGUUAGUCAGAUGCCAGUUUUGAAAAUUGGAAAAGAUGUUGACAGUUCAGGUUGUCCUUGCCAUUCUAUGGUUCAUUGUUGUUUGUUAACGACGUUGUGGUGCGAAGUGUUCUGUACGGGCAUCGUCGAAAAAUUACGUAUUCUUCUUACUCCAAAAUUGACAUGUACUUGUUUGAGUAACGACGGUUUGCGGUCAAAUGAAAACUUUUCAAAGUGAAAG